AUGUAUCGAUAUUUCAAUUCACACAUCUUAGUAUCUGUAAUAUUUCUUAAAGCUAUCCUGAAAAUUGCCUUUGAUCAAAAUCCCCAUGGAUAUACAAGUGCAAAGACAAUAAAUUCUUUAGUAUAUACAUUCUACAUUUCCAUCCAGGGAGAGUCCAUCGGUGCUCCACAUCUUGUUCUUGUGCUUCAAAAUCUGCUUUGGGGACAUCUCACUUAUACGACAUCCGGUGGAUCAGCACAACACCGAGAUGAAGGACGACUAAGCAUCAAAAAAAGAAGUUGGCGCAAUGCCUUGAAACCUUCGGCCUCGUACUCAGAAUCCUGGACACCACCAGAGCUCAGUCAGGGCCCCGAAGUUUGGCUCUUUGAGACCUCUAGACAAUUACAGACAUUUUCCAAUUUGACUAAAUCCCAAGGUAACCAAUCUUUAAAAGCACAUCUAUAUUUUGUAAACAGUAUAUAUAUAAUUCCAGUCGAUAAAUCCUAUAUGCCCAUCCAGGAGAGUCCAUCGGUGCUCCACAUCUUGUUCUUGUGCUUCAAAAUCUGCUUACGAAGUUGGGGACAUCUCACUUAUACGACAUCCGGUGGAUCAGCACAACACCGAGAUGAAGGACGACUAAGCAUCAAAAAAAGAAGUUGGCUCAAUGCCUUGAAACCCUCGGCCUCGUACUCAGAAUCCUGGACACCACCAGAGCUCAGUCAGGGUCCCGAAGGUUAA